AAUCCUCUCUCACUAUCUUUGUGGCCUUUCAAGUUUCAAACAUUUCCUAAUAUUUUCCCUUCUUUUAUCACCUCCUCAAGACCUUAGUUUAUACUCAAUAAACAUCCACUUUAACACCCUAAGCUAAGCAAUGGCAUCCAGUUCAAUGUCCUCCUCUGACUCAUGGACUGCAAAAGAGAACAAGGCCUUUGAGAGGGCUCUUGCUGUGUAUGAUAAGGACACCCCUGACCGUUGGCACAAUGUCGCUAAGGCUGUUGGUGGGAAAACACCAGAAGAAGUGAAAAGGCACUAUGAACUUCUUGUGGAAGAUGUCAAGCAUAUUGAGUCAGGCCGAGUUCCCUUCCCCAAAUACAAGACAACUGGUGGGAGUAGCCAAGCAAAUUAACACCGACGGGGAAAAGAGGAUGAGAAACCUCCAUUGAAGUGUAAUAGCCAUAUCAGCAAGAAUAAGGAUCUAUCAGUCUGCUCUACCUAAGAUUCAACUUUGUUGUAGUAGCUAGCAAGUGUCCUAGUUUAAAGAAUCACAACUAAGUGGUUCUAUGUUCUAUUUCAUGUCUCUUUAGUUCUAGCUUUAUCACCAUAAGCAUAAGGAUGUCUCCAAGGAAGACUCAUUGAAUGUGAGUUUAUUGCCUUCUUCAAUCUGUCACUAUUGUCCAAACUUCUCUGUAAUCAAAUAUAUGUAAUA